AUGCCAGGUUUAUCAUCGAUGAGUACACCACCGGAAACUCUACUUGUCUUUUCGUGUGGUGUUGGUCAAGAAGUACUUGAUGAAACACGAAAUGGAAAAAAUAGUAUCUUUACUGAGAAUUUAUUAAAACAUAUCACGACGCCUGACGAAGACAUUGAGUCAUUGCUCAUGAAAGUUACCCGUGACGUUCGAGAUGCAACAGGUGGUUAUCAAAUACCGUAUCGUCAAACCUGUCUUACGGACAAAAUCUUCUUGGCAAAAAACAUGUCACUCGGUAAAGUAGUGUUUCAUUCCAUCUUCCGAGAGGAUCAAAUCAGAGAAUUUCAUUCCGUUCGAGUUCAUGAAGUGUAGUAUCUUUUAGACGAAAUUUCAUCUAGUAGAUCCGAAUCCGUUUCGUUAAAACUCGAAUAGUGCACAAUUCACAAUGCUGCGAAUGUUAGCUCUAAUAUGCAUAGAACGAAAGAGACAAGCAGUGUCACUGAUGUUAUGUGACAGAACGAUGAAAAAGAUGACCUUCGUGGGAAUCGAACCCACACCUCCUGCUAUCCGGGCAGUUGUCCUAAGCCAAUUAG